CCAAGCCAACAUGGCGGCGGCAAUCGCCAUCGCGCGCCGGCCGCAGUGGGAGGUCCCUUUCCCUUCCCCAAGAUGGCGAUGCUGGCCGAACCACGUUGCAAACAGAAAUGGUCUGUGGAUCCCCGGAAUAGCAUGUGGAGUAAAGAUGAAUCAAAAUUUGGGCAGAAGAUGUUGGAAAAAAUGGGAUGGUCAAAAGGCAAGGGGCUUGGAGCUCAGGAGCAAGGUAACACGCAACACAUCAAGGUCCAGCUGAAGAACAACACUCUGGGCUUAGGAGCAUCUGUCAGCCAGGAAGACAACUGGAUUGCCCAUCAGGAGGACUUCAGCCAGCUUCUGGCAGAGCUGAACAAUUGCCACGGACAAGACAUCCCAGAGGCUGUGCCGAAGGAGGAGAAAAAAACCUUUAGCCUUGAGGAGAAGUCCAAGACCUCCCAGAAACGGGUUCAUUAUAUGAAAUUUGCCAAAGGAAAAGAUCUUUCUUCCCGAAGUGAAGAUGACCUGUCCUGCAUUUUUGGGAAACGCCAGAUCAAGAAGACACAUGCCGAUGUUUCUGACACUGACUCUCUCAAGGAGAAGCAGGAAGAAAAGAGCGACCCAGCUGAGCAAGCGGACUUGAGCAACACUGUCACCAGCACUCUUACCGUGCAGGAGUAUUUCGCCCAGCGCAUGGCAAAACUGAAGAAAGCCCAGCGUGGGGUUGGUGUUCGGCCACCUGAUCCCCCUCCAGAGUCGGAGUGUUUGGGAUCCUGGCCCAAGAAGAGAAAGAAGCAUAAGCAUCCUGGGCCUGAAAACGAGGAGCGCCCUGGAAGACCGAAGACGAAACGCAGCAGGAAUCGUGGCUCAAGCGAAGAAGACUUGGGGGAGCUGGACAUCCGGCAAAAGAAGAAAAAGAAAUCUAAGCACCUGGGGAUCAUCAGCGGCCACUUUAUUUGCAACGGAUCCCAAAAUGGCACCCAUGAGAAAGGAAACUGCUACUCUGGAGCAUCUGAUGCAGAAACCAAUGGCCCAGAAGAGCAAAGGCCAAAGAAGAAGAAGAAGAGCAAGCACCAAAAGCUAAAUAAGCAUGCCACUGAGGAGGUUAAAAAAACUAAGCCAAAGAAGAAAAAGAAGACAGGGAGACACUCCAGUUAACAGCUAAUGCGCCUCCCCGGGGCUUUGGCAUGCUUGAAUUGUUGAUCUUCUGGUUGUCCAAGCACGUUAGCCUGGUAUCCAAACGUAGCCACGUUCAUGAGUGAAACUAGGGGGGUUCAGACAAAUACACACCCACAUUGAAGGACCGUGUGAGGGGGCAGAUGAGGCCACGUACAGGAUGCCCAUUCCUUCCUGCUGUCCUGAAGAAAAACCUUGCAUGUUUGGCCUGAGGGAUGUGUAGCAACUGCAGGGGGCAGGCUUAACCCUUGUCCUUCCGCCGCCACCACCCCACCCGCCACUCCUCAGGCUCUUUCAUCUGAACCGCCUUGUCUUCUGAAGCAGUCCUGGGCUCACAUUUGCACUUCCUCCCCCUCCACAAAAUAAGUCGUCAAAAGGAAGAGCGCCCGCUUUGCAGCCCACAAACAGGACCGUUAAAGUCAGGGAAGGACUCGUCCCGCUCACCGCUCGUUGUAUACCACGCCACCCUUGGUCGUUUAAAAGCUAAAACUGCAAGCCUUCAAACCACGGGCUCGAUGGUUGCUCCGAAAUCCACUUGAAGCCUUUCUUAUUUAUUUUAAAUGGGGGGGGGGGAUAUCAAUCAAAUUCGGUAGUGCUCUCAAGCAAUUUCCACACCUUCUCAGAAAAGUGGUGGGAUUCUUACAGGUUGUUGUCUUCAGGACACCUUCCCUGCCAGCGGGUGAACCAGAGUAAGCUACCUGGACAAACUGAGCUCUCUCUCUAGUGGUCCCAGUCUUCUGUGUCAGUGGGCCCUGCUGGCAGGGAGGUCCUGGAAGGACCCUUCAUCAGGGUUAUUGUGGCGAAUGAAGCUGUUUGCAAUCCCUGGUCAUGACACAUUUUUUUCAAAGGGGCCCCCAAGGCAGGCAUCACCCGUGGGCUCUCUCCCUGCAGUGCCCAGGAAUGCCCCAUGCUGAUGCUGGCCCUAGGGUUACACCUAGCCCAGCCUUCUCCAACCUGGUGCCCUUCAGAUGUUUUCCACUACAGUGUCCAUCUGCACAGCUGUUUAGUGUGGGGUGAUGGCAGCAAGGCUGUGCUGGCUGCUGCUGUUGUAGUCCAGCAUCUGGAGGGCACCAAGUUGGCGAAGGCUGGCCUAGACUCUGGUUCUCAACACCCGCCCGCACAACAGAGCACAUUUUGAUGUCUGUUUCAUUUCUUUGGCUUGCAAACCUAGUCUUUUCUCUUAAUUAAAAAAUGCCUUGAUUCAGGACAUUUUUGAAUGGUGCUUCCAGCUUACAUCAGGGCUGAAGGGGAUGCAGAAUGCCGUACACCCAUUUGUGGCUGCGUUGGCAGUGGAGCGGGUCACGCUACCAGGCUUUCUUGAAACGAUGUGAUAACUGACCCACAGGGCCUCUGUAACAAAACCCCAAAUAAAUGGCCUAGCAGAGAUGGGAGGGGAGUGGGGGGGUGGUAUCUGUUAAUUUGUGGUUUGCAAAAUCUACAUUCCUUAGAUUUUGUUGGCACACUUCAAAAGAGCCUGGAGGCACUGAGUACAGGCAAUGAAUUACUGCUGGUGGAACAGUGGAUCGCUGCCUAUUAAUGCGUGAAUCAAACGACGCCCUUCAAGCUUGGUUGCUAACUCAGGAUUGGCUGUUUUGGUAGUAGUGGGUUCAUUCUCCCUUACAGGCCCUCUGAAGAAUGAAAUAAAGCUUUGGGACACAGGCCUUCUGAAAUGGAA